UUCUGCAACCAAUAGGGAUAAGCCAUGAGUCAAUGCCCGUUUUUUGAGAAAAAGCAUUUGUUAUUCAAAAACAAACCUCCAAUUGAGGAAGAUGACGAUGCCUCGCAGGCAGGUGUAAACAAGGCCAGUAAGGGAGGAAUCAUCUAUGGAGACUACCUACAGCUGGACAAAAUAACCUCAGCUCAGGUUUUACAAAGUGAACUGAAAGGCAACAAGAUCCACGAUGAGCAUCUUUUCAUUGUCACCCAUCAAGCCUAUGAACUGUGGUUCAAACAGAUUCUAUUUGAGCUUGAUUCAGUGCGGCAGAUCUUCAUCAGUGGGCAUGUCAGAGAUGAACGCAACAUGCUUAAAGUCAACACUCGAAUCCACAGGAUUGUAAUGAUCUUCAGACUGUUGGUCGACCAGUUUGCCGUUCUGGAAACAAUGACAGCCCUGGAUUUUUUUGACUUCAGGGAGUACCUGUCUCCUGCCUCUGGGUUCCAAAGUCUUCAAUUCCGGCUUUUGGAGAACAAAAUCGGGGUGCCGGACAACCUGAGGGUUCCCUACAACAGACGUCAUUACAGGGACAAUUUUAAGGGGCAUGACAGUGAGAUGCUGGUGGAGACAGAACAAGAGCCAACGCUUCUGAAGCUCGUUGAGGAGUGGCUGGAGAGAACACCUGGCUUGGAAGUGGAUGGAUUCAAUUUCUGGGAAAGACUAAAAAUCAAUAUAUUCGAUGGACUGAAUCUGGAGGAGAAGAAAAUCGAGAAAAUGCCAGAGUCUGAGGAGAAAGAGGAGCUGAUGGCUGAGCUCGUCAAACAGAGAGAGCUCUUCACGUCCCUGUUUGAUGAAAAACGUCAUUACCACCUGGUCAGCAAAGGGGAAAGACGGCUAUCUUACAAGGCUUUACAAGGUGCUCUGAUGAUCUACUUCUACAGGGAAGAGCCGAGGUUCCAGGUCCCCUUCCAGCUGCUCACAUCCCUCAUGGACAUCGACACCCUCAUGACAAAAUGGAGAUACAACCAUGUGUGCAUGGUACACCGAAUGAUUGGCAGCAAAGCUGGAACAGGGGGCUCAUCAGGCUACCAGUACUUAAGAUCCACUGUCAGUGACCGCUACAAAGUGUUUGUGGAUCUGUUUAACCUGGCUACAUUCCUGGUGCCUCGUCACUGGGUGCCCAAACUCAACCCCAACGUUCACACCUUCCUGUACAUGGCCGAAUGCUGCGACAGCUCCUACUGCAGCAGCGAGGACUCAGACUAA